AUGCUAGUUCCUAAGGUGCUGAAGUUUUCGGAUUCCAAAUUAGGAAUAUUGAAAGGAACAAAUAAGAUGGCUAGGGGCACUAGAAUGCGGCAUACUAAGGAAACGACACAUAUUGGUUCUCUUCAGAAGUUGCCGGGUGUCAGGAGGGAUAAGUUGAAGGAGCAAACCAUUCCUUCCAGUGAGCAUUUUGUUAAGGAGGAUAAGAAGGGUGGAAAAGCUUUUCAUUUCUCUGGGGCUUCAGGUGAUAUGGGGGAUUUCAUGGCAGCUAAUGACUUGGUUGAUCCAGGUUUUUCGGGUCCAGCUUACACAUGGACAAAUAACAAGGAUGCGAGGAGUAGGAUUUUUUCAAGAUUGGAUCGUUUUCUUAUUAGCUCUUCUAUUUUGGAUUCUUUCGAAGCUUUCCUAAAGCUUAGCAACUGGUCUGGGAUAAAUGGAGAGUGGAUGAUGAGGGAAAUGAGGCAUGAGGAGCUUGACAAGGAGAUUAAAGAAUUGCAGGAAUUGGAGUGUUUGCCAAGUGGUUUGAUUGUUGUUCAAGAAGAAGCUUUGAAAUAUAAAGUUCAGUUACUUAACAGUACUUUGGCUCGUUUAAUGUUGUGGUGGAAGCAACGAGAAAAAGUUAGAUGGAUUGAAGAGGGAGAUGGGAAUACUCGUUUCUUCCAUUCUAUGGCUUCUGCUAAGAGGAGGACCAAUAGUAUUAACUCUUUGAAACUUUCUGAUGGAAAUGUGGUUUCUGAGCAAAGUGAGAUUUUGAAGGGGAUGCAUGAGUUCUUUGAACAGAAAUGGAAGGGAAAAGGCAUCAUUUUUGUGCUAAAAGAGCUAUAG